UCUUCGAAACCAAACACAAAUAUUAUCUACACAGUUGGCGACUUGUUUUGCGGUGCCGGUGGCUUCAGUUGCGGUGCUAAAGAAGAAAGUUUUCAAAUAAAAUGGGCGGUGGAUAUAGAUGAAGACGCGUGUAUUACAUUUCAAACUAACCAUGCUUCGACAUUGGUUUUUAAUGAAGAUAUUAAGAACUUUUUAAAUCGUUUAAGCGAUCCAUGGUUUCAAGUAGAUGUCAUGCUAGCAUCACCCCCUUGCCAAGGAUUUUCGAUUGCGAAUACUCGCGGAACUCGACAAUCUCGCGCUAUACAGAAUAAUAUCUUACUCGACAUUAUAGAAGCCAUUAAAAAAAUAAACCCUAAAAUAAUAGUUAUGGAAAAUGUUGUCGGAUUUCAUGCGAAAAAGGAAACCGAAGAAAUAACGACAACUUUUUACAAAAGUUUAGUUGAUCUUGGUUAUGAUUUCGAGACAAGUUAUCUCGAUGCUUCAAAUUUUGGCGUACCACAGAAACGAAAAAGAUUCUUCCUUUUAAGCGUAAAAAGGGGCCAAAUAAAACCAAGUUGGCCAAAGCCGACUAAUUUCAUUUGGAACAAAUAUUCAAUUAAAGAAAGAGCAACGCUAUUGAAAGAAGGAUUGGCAAGAACGCCGACAAUACACGAGGCUUUUGCAGGUCUUCCGGAAAAUCUUCGGACGAAUAGGAGUAAAUUCUCAGAUAUACACAAUGUAUUCGAUUAUCAGAAAACGCCUCCUUCAUACAUGAAACAAUUAAAAUGGGACGACGUCAGCUUGACCGUCCUCACAUCUUUAAAUCCUGGGUGGAACUGUAUUCAUCCAUCAAGAUGGAGGUACAUUUCAGUCCGCGAACAAUGUCGCUUGCAGGGAUUCCCCGACGAUUACGAAUUCAUUGGGGAAAACGUUAGAUCGAUGUAUAAGCAAGUGGGAAACGCGGUACCUCCACCAUUGGCUUCAGCUUUAUUAAGAGAAGUUAAAAUUAGUUUAAAUUCUAUAUUAUCAAAUGAUUCAAAUUCAUCAACCGCUGCUGAAAUCACAACGAUAAUAAUCGAUGAUGAUGAUUAA